AUGUAAUACUUCAAACAAAAAUUAAAAGCAAUAUAUCUAGAUUGUAUCUAGUAUUUGGAAGUAAACUUAUUCAUUUUAAUACUAGAAUUCAAAAACUUUUAGACUAGAAAUCAAUUUAGAUCUCUUAUGUAUUAAGUUAAAAAUAUUUUUUAAUUAGAUCACUUUAAUAUCCAGAAGAAGAAGAGAUUUAUGGAAGGAAAAAAGAGAGAUUUUAAAUAAUGUUAAAGAUACUCUAUUCUAGAUAUUUUUGGAUUUCUUACAAAGAAACAAAAUUUAAGAAAUUUGGAUCAGGAUGUGAAAAAAAAAUCAAAUAAAAAAAUAUAAUUAAAAAAAUAGAGAAACAUACUAUUCCUAAGAUGCAUGAGAAGAAAUCAAAAUGAACUGAUUAGAAAAAUACAAUUAGAGAGAUAUCUGAUGAAAUUUUAUAAUUUUUAGUGA